UUCUGGUCCUCCAAGAUGAGGCUUCAGUCCUCCAGCUGCUGGAUAGUCCUCAGCCUUCAGCAAGGAACACAUUGUUGAGGAAAUCUCUCUCUGGGAGGAAGUCACUAUUUCUUAGGAACUCUAAAAUCUGGGAAUUCUCAAAUCCACAAGGCCUUGAUGCAAUUAGAAAUGAACGACUCCAUCGAACAGAUGCUUAUCCAGACCUAUGAAUUCGAGAAGCUGAGAGACUUUCGACCCAUACUGUCUGAGUAUUGGUCGGCUUCCUUAGUCUUGGCCCUCAUCUACCUAGGAGUCAUUUUCAUGGGGCAAAGAUUUAUGAAAAACCGAAAAGGCUUCAACCUACGAUUGCCCCUGACAAUUUGGUCUUUCACCCUUGCCAUUUUCAGCAUCCUGGGAGCUAUGAGGACGUGGAGAUAUCUAGGAGCUCUAGUGAUGUGGGGGGGGCUGAAGAAUUCCUUGUGUCACAUUGGCUUCAUCACCAACCCCACUGUGCGCUUCUGGUCCUUGCUUUUUGUACUCAGCAAGAUUGUGGAGCUUGGGGACACUGCAUUCAUUAUACUUCGGAAGCAGAAGCUCCUGUUUUUGCAUUGGUUCCACCACAGCACGGUGCUAGUGUACACAUGUUUUGCCUACAAGGAUGCUGUGGCAGGUGGUUACUGGUUCAUGACUAUGAAUUAUGGUGUACAUGCUUUCAUGUAUUCCUACUAUACAGUGAAGGCCCUGGGUCUAAAACCCCCUCGAAUUCUGCCCAUGAUCAUCACCACUCUGCAGAUCACCCAGAUGUUUGCAGGGGCUUUUGUCAGCAUCUUGAGUUUCCUCUGGGGAAAGGAUUGCGCCUGCUACACCUCUACACAAUACCUCUUCUGGACUUUUGCAAUGUACUUGGCGUACUUUGCUCUCUUUCUACACUUCUUUUACAAGGCCUACUUCAGAACUGCCCAGACCAAGGCUAAGGCCAAGAGCCAAUGAAGUUAGAGAUCUAAAGAAGUAAGGGAGCCAACUAAACCUUCUCCCUUGGGGGGGAAGCUUUCUGUGAGGAGAAAGCCCUGGGGAGAGGGAAUGAAGAAUAGGGCUAGGCUCUGGGGAUGAUUGUGUGUGAUCCCCCACUAUUCAAAUAUGCUUCUGGAGAGAUAAGGGAGAUUUGCCAAGAUGUGUUCCCUCCUUUUGAAUCAUGUUGGAACUUGAGAAAACUCCUCCCUGCCACAUAUACACACAUACAUACAUACAGAGAAAAAAAAAACAUAUUUUGAUAUCUCUUUUUUUUAAUGUGAAGGCCAAGGAGAAUAUCCCCUUUCCAGGCCCUUGGAUAAGAUGGAGGCUAGAGCUGGUCCUGUCAGAAAGGUAGCCCUGGCCUUCCCAGGUUAUUUAUAUUUCUAUCAAGAAAUCUUAAUUCUUCUUGCUAUAUUUUUAAAAAUUAAACAUUUAAAAGAAA